AGGGAAAUUGCAGAAAAAGAGAGAACAGCAUGGAAAAUGACGACGUUGAAAUGCUCCGUUCAGACAGCAACGAAGCUGGCUUGGAGUUGGAUGACAUGAAGAAGCGCUUGAAGGAAAUGGAAGACGAAGCUUCUGCUUUGCGGGAGAUGCAGGCAAAGGUCGAGAAGGAAAUGGGAUCUGUACAAGCUCCUGCUACUGCUGCUUCGAGUCAGAACAAUAAAGAGGAAGUAGAUUCUCGAUCAGUCUUUGUCGGCAAUGUGGACUAUUCAUGUACUCCAGAAGAAGUGCAGCAGCAUUUCCAGUCAUGUGGAACUGUAAACAGAGUCACCAUCCGAACUGAUAAGUUUGGCCAACCAAAGGGCUAUGCUUACGUAGAGUUUCUUGAAGUGCAGGCUGUUCAAGAAGCUCUUUCGCUGAAUGAAUCUGAACUACACGGGCGUCAAUUGAAGGUUACUGCUAAGAGGACCAAUAUACCAGGGAUGAAGCAAUAUCGUCCUCGCCGGCCUAAUCCUUACCAGGGGUUUCGAGGCAGAGCCCCGUAUGCACCUCCUUUUGCUUAUGCUCCUUUUGGAUAUGGAAAAGUUCCGAGGUUUAGAAUGGGAAUGCGCUAUAGUCCCUACUAUUAAUUAUGCUGAAUCAGAACUUUUGUCUAAUGGAUGGAAGGACAUAAUCUACUCCUUGUUCUAGUGUCAUGGCUGAUGCAGGCCAUUCAGCAUGAGGGAACGAACAGUACGACCACCGAUUUAGCAGCAAACCCUGUAAGCUUACGAUUUUUUCUUCUGCAUUUUUUUUUAUAUUUGACAUAUAUAUUCAAAGGUUCUUUGUAAAAGUAUCUGUUAAAAAAUUUUAAUGUAUGGGAUUUUCAGUUGCUUUUUUUCUUCUCUCAAAUUGUACUAUUGUAUAGGUGCAUCAGUUUUCUUCUCGAAAAUCCAAACAGUGGUUGUUCCUAGUUAUUGUUGUUGUUGUAGACUAGCCUGUGUCGUGAUUGUCAAAAGUCAAAACCUAUGAUAAUCCAGAAUCGGCUAUGGGAAAACGUUGCUACGAUAAUCCAUAGCAAUAGCCUGAGACUUUAUUUGGUCCACACACUACUUGCAUUUUUGUGUACGAGAUUAUUUUAGUUAAUUCGGUUUUCAUAGUAAUUAAUAAAAUUGGUUAAUUUAUUUAGUGACAUUAAAUUUAGUAAUAACUUGUAUCUUUUUCAAAAUUACCUUAAAAAUUAUCGAAUUUCUUUUAUUCAUUUUACCUAAUUUUUCCUGUUAAUAUGUGGAGAGAAAUAGCGAUGCAAUUUGUGGCUAAUCAUGUUUUCUAAUAUCCUCUCGUGAAAGGAAGUUCAUCUUAAUAGCUUAAAAAAUUUAUUGAUUAUGGAUCAAAAGUUAUAAAAUAAUUUUAGGGGCAGUUUGAUAUGAAAAAAAUACUAGAAACCAUUUAAAAGGUCAUAUAAAAAGAGAUAAAUAAAUUUUUGAAAAGAUUUCAGUAGAAAGUUCUACUCAUUCUUCACGCAGGAGAAAGAUUGUCCAUGCAAUUUCUCUUGAGUAACCUUAAACCGUGACCCUCUUCACUGAGCAUCAGAAGAAACUGCAUGGUUUACACUUUAGAUUGCUGUAAAUGCCUUCUUAAAUGUAAUCAACUAACAAUUUGAGUGCAUCAGACUUACCAUGCUUAUUAUAGCUGUUCAUUCAAUUAUAUCCUUCACAUGUAUGUAUAAUACUUCAGUGAGCAACUUGGUCACGAAAAAGCAUUGAAAAAUGUGGAAGAACUGACUCAGGAAUACGAUGUCUAGAGGCAUAGACCAAUUCCGAUUAUGGUAGUUAUUUUAUAACAGAGGGUAAAACCAAAUAACCAGGUAUCUUUAUAAAGUGUAAAUUUUAUUAUUCAAUUUUCUCGCAUGAAUACACUAACACGUUCAUCAGUUCUUAUCUAAAAAUCUUACUUUUGUUGAAUGAGAAACUGGCUAGGAAACAGAAAGAGACGUAGCAUGUAACUCCACCACCCAUCAGAGUGUUCUGCCCAAGGUCCUGCUUAUUUCAGAAGAAGACCAUCAAUCUUUCACCCUUGUGUUAUCAAGGGUACUAGCCAAUGCUUAUCGGAAACAUAAUUGCAGAGAUAAAGGACCCACCAAAACGAUCUAAAAACAAUGACAUCCCUGUAGCCUUUUACACCUUGCUAGAUUCAUUUCACCUUACCAGCAUCAUCAUGACCGAUACCUCGCCAUAAUGGUCUCCCAGGCCCCCAACACCACCACCUUUAUUCUCAUUUACCAUAAACAAACAAAAACACCAACCCCCCUCCACCACCGCUUCAUUCCUCAACCACCUUACCUUACUUUACCCAAACAUAUCAAUAAUUCAUAAAAAAGAAAACCCACUUUCGAUUCCUUUUCUUAAAAUUACACAAAACAAACCCAUCAACCUAACUUCUCAUAUAUAAAAUAUAUCUAUAUCACAUUAAUCAUAUCCCUUUUUCAAUCUUAUUCUUCGUUAUUCAUAAUUUACUAUUUAUACAACAUUCCACUUCCUCUAUAGUCUUUAGUACCACAAUUUACACGUAACACUAAACGACAAAAGCAGGCUCAGAAUUUAGAAACACACUCCGUCCGAUCCCACUCCGUUAUCCAUUCUUCCAUUCUCCAUUAUCCAUUCUUCCAUUCUCCAUUAUCCAUUUUCCAUUAUCCAUUAUCCAUUCCCUGCUUCCGCACCCAUCCACCAAUAUCUACACCAUCCCACGCCACGUGGAACUCUCACACGAGAGUCUUGCAUAUCAGACUUUGAGGGUCCCACAUCGCUGGCACCAGAUACCUCCUCCCAUUCACACCAUGCGCAUUGUAGCUCGCCCCCGUCACCUUAUCCACCAGGACCUUACCCGGAUAUCCCGGGUACGACCCGCUCCCGAAAACCCCUGUGCAAGCCGAAACAGCCUCCAACGGCGCCGUCGGGGGGCCCUGGAAGUAACCGUUAUUGAAAGGGUUCGUGACGGUCCCAGCAAGAAGGGUAGCCAAGUUAAUUAUCAUUCCGUCAACCCCGACGUCGCCGUUAGGCGCAACCAAUGGUGGCGUUUGGGGUCCGUAAAUCGGCUGGUGGAAGGGCCACGCGCAUUGCCCGGGGCACUGCGUUUCGGAGUUUCCAACCCAUAUAUAAGCGGUGCGGGCAGCGUUUCGAACGUUUCGGGUAGAGCCAUGGGUCCCACAGCGGCUCAUGCAGAAACCCUCGACGGCGACGUCUUUAGCCGUUAAGACGACCGAUAUCGAGUUGAGUUGAUUAAACUUCGAGGCGAGUGCGAGAAGGUGGUUCCCCUUGAGGCUUUUCCCGAGCGUGUAAGCCGGGUGGAGAAUCUGGCUCCCUACGACCAGCGCAGAGGAUCCCCCCUUGUAGUUCUCCGUGGUUUUCCACCACGUGGCAGUGGAAGGAAGCGCCGCGUUGGGCGCGCUGCUCAGCGAGUUUAUGAAGUCGACGAUGACAGAGCGUUGGAUCGGAGUGAAAGUGCCGUACCAGAUGAGAUUGACGGUGAUGCGGCCCUUGAGCAGCUGACCGUUGUGGUACUUGAGGACAAGUGGUUGCUCCUGUACAAGCUCCCCUACAGUUAGCAAGGGAAGGAGGAGCAGCGUGAGAACUGCAGAGAAGGUAAUGGCAGGGUUGUAAUUAGAGGCCAUGUUGUGGAUUAGAAGGAAAGUGUGAAGCGUAGAGAGAGUGUUU